CGAGGGGCACCAGGACGCCGUCAGCGCCGCGCUCAUCAUCCCCAAGGAGGACGGCAUCAUCACCGCCAGCGAGGACAGAAUCAUAGAAUUGGAAGGGACCCUGAGGAUCAUCUAGUCCAACCUCCUGCGAUGCAGGAAUAUGCAGCUGUCACCUAUGGGGAUCAAACCUGCAACCUUGGCGUUGUCCGCACCAUGCUCUAACCAACUGACCUGCCCAGGACUCCCAUCUUCAAAUGACAAUUAGAGUAUGGCUGAAGAGGGACAGUGGUCAGUACUGGCCCAGCAUUUACCACACAAUGUCAUGUAACUCCCUGUUCCACCAUGGCUUAUCAUCAUGACAGCAGACGGAUAUUUGUGGGUCAAGAUAACGGAGCCAUUAUGGAGUUUCAUAUCUCGGAAGACUUCAACAAGAUGAACUUUGUCAAGACUUACCCAGCUCAUCAGAACAGAGUAUCUGCGGUCAUCUUCUGCUUGGAAGCCGAGUGGGUUAUCAGCACCGGCCACGAUAAAUGUGUCAGCUGGAUGUGUACCAGAAGUGGAAACAUGCUGGGACGACAUUAUUUCACCUCCUGGGCUUCUUGCCUACAAUACGACUUUGAAACCCAGCAUGCCUUUGUCGGAGACUAUUCUGGGCAGAUCACGCUCCUGAAACUUGAACAGAGCACGUGCUCAGUUAUCACAACUCUCAAGGGUCAUGAAGGAAGCAUUGCCUCUCUGUGGUGGGAUCCGAUUCAGCGGCUACUCUUCUCUGGAGCAUCUGAUAACAGCAUAAUCAUGUGGGAUAUUGGAGGAAGGAGAGGUCGGACGCUUCUGCUUCAAGGCCAUCAUGACAAAGUUCAGGCCCUUUGCUACCUCCAGCUCACACGACAACUGGUUUCUUGUUCAGCUGAUGGAGGGAUCACAGUCUGGAAUAUGGAUAUUAGCCGAGAAGAGGCCCCUCAGUGGUUGGAAAGCGAUUCCUGUCAGAAAUGCGAGCAGCCUUUCUUCUGGAACAUAAAGCAGAUGUGGGACACAAAGACUCUGGGGCUGAGGCAGCAUCACUGUAGGAAAUGUGGCAAGGCAGUGUGUGGAAAAUGCAGCACAAAACGCUCCAGCUAUCCAGUGAUGGGCUUUGAAUUCCAGGUUCGGGUCUGUGACGCCUGUUUUGAUUCAAUCAAAGACGAAGACCGCACGUCUCUGGCUACUUUUCACGAAGGAAAACAUAACAUUUCCCAUAUGUCCAUGGACAUCUCAAGGGGACUAAUGGUGACAUGUGGAAGCGAUCGUGUAGUGAAGAUAUGGGACAUGACACCAGUAGUGGGCUGUGGCCUUGCGACCGGCUUCGCUUCCCGCUGACCUGGGCCUGCCGAGUUAAUGUACCCGAAGCACCAAAUGGAUAACACUCCCUUCUGUGAUUCUUGCCACCAAAAUGCCGGCUGCUUGACUCUGUGAACUCUGCUUUUCCCAAGAUGGACAGCCUUUUUGUGUGUCUGUGUGUGAGAGAGAGUGGAGCAGAAUUUUUCUGUAAUGCUUACCAGGAACAGCGGAGCCUCCCCAACUACAAGUUCACCGCCUAUGGAAUGAACGCAGAAAAGGCUUUAAGUGCAAAAAAACCAACCACAACUCCUUGCCUAAAGAGACCACUCCUCAUUCGAUUUACUUGUAGUCUUCAAUGUGUGCUUUUUCUCUGCUGAAAUAAUACUGUACAGUGGCAAAGGGUUAAAAUGAGUGUAGUGACAACAGAGUGUGCAAAUAGUUGUAACUUAUUCUCCGUCCUUGUAAACCAUCCCUGUAGGCUAGUUUUAUCUUCUGAACAGCCGCUGUGAAGGCUGCCUCACAAACAUAAGAAUAUAUACCUUUUGACGGAAAGAAGAAAGCACCUCUUCACCUCAAAGCAGCAUUGCAAUAAGGGUGAGAAAAUGGAUAAGAUUUUUUGGGUGGAGAAUUUUCUAUGAAUUAUGUUUAUUCUUUCAAAGUUGUUCAGACUGAGAAUUACGUCAAGUUGUCUUGAGAAUUUUUGUAUCUGGCCAAAAUCAUGACUUUUUUUCCUGUAACACUAAAAGCAAGUUGAUGUGUCUUGUCGUAUGCCUUACAUGUAAAUAGAGGCUGUGUGAACUCAACAACCUGCACACUUUGAGUGAACUAGUUGUUGUGUUCUUUCCGCUCCCCAGAUGAUGGCGCUUCCUGCAUUCCCCCCCUUAAAAAGUCAUAAUAAUGGAGAAGUGUGUGUCACUUUGAUCUUACUUUCUUCAGCCAGUGCUGAGCAUGCUUUUGAAAACAUUUCAGCAAUAACAAAUUUUGUUGUGGGGUGGGGUGGGGGCGCAUAGAUAAGAGCUCCUGCACUUAAAAAUGGAUGGGAUGAAUAGCAGCGGAAAGUUGUGAGACUAAAGAUGCCCGCAAACUUUGAGAAUGAAACCGAUUUGUCACGUUGCGCUACAGCAGUAUAAGGAGAAGGGAAUGAUCCUUCGUAACCUGAGCAUCAUUUCAAGUCACCUCUCUGUUCAUUUGCUUCAUUGGCACUGUUGAGUUUAAAUUUUUGGAGUAAAUGUAGCUUUGUGAAAUCGGGCCGGUGCGAUCGCUAGCAUUAAUGGGAUAAAAUCAUUGCCUAAAAGCCUGUGUAAGAUCCACGGCAAAGGUUAGUUCAUUCAGGCUAAUAGAUCUGAACUGCUCAUUUUCCCUCCGAUCAGGUAGCAAUAUCUCUUCCCUCAAUAUAUAGUAUCUCUAGGAGUAUUUUCUGGAAAUGUUGUACUAAAGCGGGGGGGAGAGCUAUUUGGUGUUUGCCAUGAAAAACUUUCAUAAGGCCAGUGUUAAUUGUAUACUGUUUUAUAAGUGUGUAAAUUGCUAAAGAAUCAAGUCUUUCAAGUGUUUUGUGUUAGGGAGAUGCAUAUGAGGAGGAGCAGUAUAAUAUUCUGAGGUGAAAUGUUGUGUUUGCUGAUGAUCACACUAGGACUUAGGUCAAUGCUAUGUUCUGCAGUUGUGUGCAAGAUUUGAGUUACUUCAUUAGAAUGAAAACUCAGGAAAAAAAGAUUCAGUUGAUCAUUUUAGGGUCAAGGUGCACGGAGGAAAAACAUGAAGGCAGCAAUUUCGCCUGCAUCCUAACAUAAAGUUUGAAGAGUAGCACAAUCUUUAUGGAGAACAGUUAUCUCUCUUGAGUUGAUGCGUUCUGGGAAGAAGAUGGCCCCACUGAACCAGUAAACUUGUACUACUCAUUGCCUUAUUGGACUGCAUGAAAAGUGGAACUGCACUUGUAUGGAUUAAACCAGAGUCAGUUCACCUCGGUGCCCAGAGGAAAAGUUUUCUGUAUCUGGAAAUGCACAUCUUGUGUUUUGAAAACUACCCGACUUGAAAGCAUUUGUUACAUCUCUACUCCACCUCCCCUCAAAAAAUUGCCUUAGAGCAUAUGUUCCCUUUUCCUCACUUGGAAACCUGGGAUAACCGGCAGCAAGGGGGGGCACCCAUUGUUUCAGCAUUGAUAGUUGACCCUACAGAGUAAAUUCUCCAACUUGAUUGGCUACUUUUUCGGUUAUUAACUGCUUAGACCACAGAAUAAGAAUUUCCACCUCUUGGCAACUGCACUUAGACUCUUCUGUGAGUAUUUUGCCAAAGGAUGCUGAAUUUGCUCCGCGACUGAAUAAUUUUAAUUUUAUUCUAUAUUUUGGUAAUUUGGAGAAUUUGACAUUAAGGUGUUGUCUAGAUCCGUGGAGAGAUUUUGUUGGGAAAACACAAGUUUGUUUGCAUAAUUCAAAACACGGGAGUUCUCCAAAGUCGUCAAACCCUUCCCUGAAAACUUAGAUUGUGUGUUUGUAUAGAAAACAGUUUUGGGGUGAGCAGAAGGACAAACACAAUGCUGUGCAAUGUAACAAUAAUGGUCCCAGUAAUUUUAAAUGUGCAAUUACUUUGACUUGAUUUGACACACUUACCUAGUCCCCCCCCCCCCAAUUAAAGCCUUUCUUUAUGUGGGAGCAACAAGUACUAAUGUAUCUUUUGUCCGAUAGCUGUGUUCUGUGAAAUACUGUAUCCUUUGUUAUCUGAGACUCUGUUAUGGCUGUUCUUCGUUCUCCCUCCUGUCUUUUGGAAGAAAAAAAACUUUGAAUAUUGUACAAUUAAAAAAAAGAAUAUUUCCUGAUA